UGAGAGUGAUUGGAGAGUGAUGAGAGUGAAUAAUUACUUCUAUGAUAUGACUACUAUGAAUCUUAUUCUAUCUUUUAUUAAUUCACUCCAAUUUGUGCUGAAAGAGAAAUUUUGUGUAUUUAUACAUGAGAAUCAUACCCAUGCCAUGCUUGCUGAGGAAAUCAAGGAGAAAACUGCAAAACUGAGGCAUCUCAAAGGUGAAGAGCUAGUAGGACUAAGCAUGGAAGACUUGGUUAAACUCGAAAAAUUGGUUGAAGCAGGGUUAAUUCGUAUUGCCAAAACCUUCUUUCAAGGUGACAAAUUCAUGAAAGAAAUUGGUAUUCUCAAGAAAAAGGAAGCAUUAUUCAAGGAAGAGAAUGCGAAGUUGAGACAGAAAGUAGCAGGCCCAUCGGAAGACCAAACACCUCUGCUGGAACAAGGGCUUUCAUCUAAGCCAGUCACCCGCUUAAGCGACCAAGCCGGAAGUUGUCCUCAGGACCUCAACAAUUCGGACACAUUUCUCCAGCCGGGGGAGGAUGAGAUUGCGGUUGCAGAAGAUCGAACAUAUAAUUUGAGCAUAACUGGCUUUAUGAUACCCAGAAAUUGUGGUUUAUGUUGCAUUAUUUUUUAGUUUGUGCACAAGAGAAUCUU